AAAUAUUUUUUGUGCUGAUAUAAGGGUCAUGUGACUGAAGUGAAGUUUUCCAGCAAAUUAUUUUCAUGAUUUUUGAGGAAAUGGUUACUAGACAAGCACGACGCUACAUUUUGAGCAACUCAUUAUGUUGUACUGUGCUUUGUUUACUUUGUAUAUGUAUACCUGUUGUAUCAACAGAAAUUGAUGUAGACCAGAAUGAGACAAAAGUACUCCUGAUGUUCUCCAAAUCAGAAUUAAAGACAGUGGUGGGCGAUGUCAAAGAUCUACAUUUGACGCUGAAUGAUACCACUGCUAGCAAUGCCACGGUGACCUUUACUUACCAGAUAGGGGACACAAUCAGCUCUGAGGAGAAGGACCACUACAUAGAGCCAGUUCCUGAUGUCUUUAUUUUAGCCAAUCAGACUAGGACGAUGUCAUUCAACAUUACGAGCACUGGUGUGGGCCAUUUCAACCUCGGAGUCAACUCAUCGUCAAAACAGUUCACUAAAUUAUCUGAGCAGUUUGUUAGGAUCACCAUCGUUCAUAGCUCAGCUCUGGUUGUGAUUAAUUCUGUGAUUGGCUGGAUCUACUUUGUGGCCUGGUCUGUUUCUUUUUAUCCCCAGGUGUAUGAAAACUGGAGGAGAAAAAGUGUGGUUGGUCUGAAUUUUGACUUCCUUUUGUACAACAUCACAGGAUUCCUGGCCUACGGCUUCUUCAAUGUUGGAAUGUACUGGGUCAAUGAUGUUAAGGAGGAAUACAUGAAUAAACAUCCAAGGGGAAUAAAUCCUGUACAGCUGAAUGAUGUCAUUUUUACACUUCAUGCUGUGUUCGUGACAACUAUAACAAUAUUUCAGUGUUUUAUUUAUGAUAGAGGGGGUCAGAAGAUCUCUAAGAUUUGUAUUACCCUGGUGUCACUAGCCUGGCUGUUUAUUGUGGUGGCAUUAUUUAUUGUUAUUUUUGGAGAUGACAUCAUCACCUGGCUACAGUAUCUAUACUAUUUCUCAUAUGUCAAGCUGGGAGUUACCAUUAUCAAAUACAUUCCACAGGCCUGGAUGAACUGUAAGAGGCAGAGUACACUGGGAUGGAGUAUUGGGAACGUCCUCCUGGACUUCACUGGAGGCAGCUUCAGUCUUCUACAGAUGUUCCUGUUAGCUUACAAUAAUGGUGAGUAGUCAUAGUCAGCUUCAGUCUUCUACAGAUGUUUCUGUUAGCUUAUAAUAAUGGUGAGUAGAUAUAGUCAGCUUCAGUCUUCUACAGAUGUUCCUGUUAGCUUAUAAUAAUUGUGAGUAGAUAUAGUCAGUUUCAGUCUUCUACAGAUGUUCCUGUUAGCCUACAAUAAUGGUGAGUAGAUAUAGUCAGCUUCAGUCUUCUACAGAUGUUCCUGUUAGCUUAUAAUAAUGGUGAGUAGUCAUAGUCAGCUUCAGUCUUCUACAGAUGUUCCUGUUAGCUUAUGAUAAUGGUGAGUAGUCAUAGUCAGCUUCAGUCUUCUACAGAUGUUCUUGUUAGCUUAUGAUAAUGGUGAGUAGUCAUAGUCAGCUUCAGUCUACUACAGAUGUU